UAAAUAUUAGCAAUAUUUAUCUAUUCUUUUAAAAAAUCAUUGCCCAGCUGAGUAGCUCAGUAAUUUAACCCGUCGACUGCUGAACUGUAGAUCAUGGGUUCAAGUCCAGCAGGGGGUUUAAUUUUUUUCAGACGGCUUUCUACUAAAACUGCAUUUUUGGACUAAAUAAAAUAAAAUUUAAAUCUAAAAGAAACCAUGGCAUUGGAGGAAGUGAAAAGUAUGUUAAGGGCUGUGUUGAUGAGUUGUAAGGAAGGUGUACCAGCUCAUGUCUUACAAGGAGAUUACCAAGAAAUCACACAGGAACCUCUGCCGUUAAAGAAGCUGGGCUUUUCGAAUAUCGUAGAUUUCAUUAACAGUAUCCCUGAUGUGGUCAGAGUCCGAAGGAAUAAACAAGGAGAAAUAGUCUACCACGCUGUUGCGAAUGAAGAAACGGCACACAUACAGUCUAUGGUGUCCAAACAGAGAAGUAUAAAGAAAACCAGAAGACUGAAGGUGUCUCCUGCCAUGAGGAGACCCCCAACAAAAUCACCGCUCAAGAUCCAGAUUAACAUGAGUAAUGGAAAUAGACGUCGUGUCACAGUCAACAAAGCGUUUAAUGCAGCAAUGACAGCCGCCACUUCAGGAAAUUAUGGGUCCGACAGUGGUCAGUUUGGAAAGAGAUUCGAGAUUCCUCCCAGAUUCAAAAAACUUCAAGGGGGAAAAGAAAAUGUUCCACUUGAGAGCACAGCAACCAGUAAACCAAGUCCAGUGUCAAACCCUCCUUCCCGAGCAAAGGAUGUAAAAUUUGAGAAAGUUGUGGGUGGAGAGAAGUACUUGGAGGCCUUGGUAAAUUACCAUCGGAGAAACAACGAGACUUCUCUAAAAUUUGACACGUUCCCCACAAAAGUGGGUAAAUCCCCGGGAUUUGUCAGUUCCGUUAUCAUCAAUGGCACCAAUUACGGAAGCGGGGAUGUGUAUGGCAGUGUGGAGGACUCAGAGUUUGCAGCUGCUCGGAAUGCGGUACAUAGUCUCAGGAUUUUAAGUUCUUCAGGAGAAAACACCCCACGAACUCAGAGUCCACUCAUGUCUGACUCCGACAUUAAGGAGCGGGUUAGAGAGUUGAUGAAGGGGAAGCAUAACGGCAUGUGGGACACCAGGCUAGAGUUCCUGUAUAAAGAGAGGUAUCAAACGGAACCACCUUCUAGCCUUGUGUUCCAGAUCAAGAAUUGGCCAGACCUGAUCAGAGUGGAACCGUGCAGCCUGACGGGGAGGAACAGGCUCUACCCUGUUACAGAGGAGAUAAAGAAACCCGGCCCUGGACACCACCUGACCCCUGCUAAACAAGACCCAGGACUCCCCACGAGCACCAGUAGACAAGAUCCUGGAUCUUCACCUACUCCUGUCAAACCAGUCACAAAUAUUUCCCAACAGAAUGACACGCCAUUAGUCGACCCUGCAAAAGCACCUGUCCCGUCAGUGGUCAGCAAAAAGAUUAAGGAGAUAACGGUGUGUGCAGGCGACAGCUUGACUCUGGGGGAGAAGGUGACAGUGUACAUGGUUUAUCUGGGGGAGGAUGGGAGUUUCUGUAUUCAGUGUGGGGACAGUGCCAUAUUUCAGAUAACAGAAGACAUAGAGAUUGUAGCUGAUGGUCCAGUUCCAGACCUUGAGGAUCUUCAGCCAGGAAGGUUUAUUGCUGCCCUGUACAACGCAGGAACAGAGAGUCUGUGGAGCCGAGCUGAGAUCAUCAGCAGGGAGGGGGCCAUGGUAGACGUCCUUUUCAUCGACUACGGUAACAGUGCCACGUGUGCCCAGAAUUCCACUAGAUUUCUGACAGAGGAAUUAGCAAAAUACCCAAGUCAAGUUAUUUACUGUCACCUCUAUGGAGUGGCCCCUUUAGAGGAUGAAGAAAUAUGGUCUGAUAGCUGUAAAAAGAAGUUUGAAGAGAUUGUCACAGAUGAGAAACUGAUUGCCAUAACAAAGGAAAUUUUAAGUGAUGGCACACACAUUGUAGAGUUGUUUUUGUCCGCGGACCCCACGACCAGUAUCAACGAUAGACUAGUCACUGAAGGCUUACUGCGGGUGUUAACUGCUGAGGAGGAAAUGGCACCCAUACCCAGUGAUGAACCCGAUAUUCUUGAGUUGCCUUCUGAAAAUCAGUGGGACAUAUAUGUAUCGUUCCUGAACAACAGUACCAACUCUGUCAUGAUCCGAUUGGUCGGAGAGAAUUACUCAGAUAAGCUGGAGGAACUCGAACGACAUUUGGAAAAAUCAUUCCAUAAUGCUACAGAGGAAGAGAUCAUGAAAGGGAUGGUAUGUGUUGCCUAUGUGGAUGGGCUCUUCCACCGCAUACGAGUCAUGGAAAAGGGAAUCAGGAAGUAUCAGUGCCUCUUUUUGGACCAUGGUGACACGGAUGAAUUAAUUCCAGACCAGCUCCGAAUUCUUGAUCCAAAAGUUAACAAAUCUGUCCCUUAUCAGGCCAUUGAAGUGUCUUUAGAUGGUUUGGAGUCCUUUGCAGAAAAUGUUACGACUUUAGAAAAAGUGUUUGACAUGGCCCUAGGUAAAACUUUUGUGGCAGAGGUCACUGCAAGAGAUGAGACUCUUUCGAUUGUAAUGUACAACACACAAGGCGAGUCUGACAUUAAUGUCAACCAGGAAAUCUUGAAGGCUGUAUUACAUGAGGCGGAGACUUCUCUACUGACCGCCUCAGGGAGCAAUCCCCAGUCUACAGAAUCAUCUCCCCUUCCUCAACGCAAAACAACGGAACUGUCCACCAAGCCAUCGGGAAGUGCGAGUCCACGGCCUGUUUCUUCCAGCCUACCACCUCCAUCAGAAAUCUCCUCCAAUGAUAAUAGUGGAAAGAAAACAUCUAAAGGAACAAACAGCUGUGGGGCAGAUGCUUGGGAAACGGAAAGCGGCGAGGGAUCCUGGGAAACGGAAGAAGAGGAAGUGGUGAUAGACGGUGUCGGGAAUAGUGAAAGAAAAUCGGCAGCACCGGGCACUCAGUCAAAAGCUGGUGUCGGGAAUAGUGAAAGAAAAUCGGCAGCACCAGGCACUCAGUCAAAAGCUGCACAAAUUAGUUCUCGAGUGAAAAAAGUGACGGAAACUCGGUCUGAACUUCCUACGCAGGACAAUGUCAAUCCUGAAUCUGCCCCUGGAGCAGCAGGUGGUGACAUUUCCCAGAAUCCUGGAACGCAGAAUUUGUACACGUGGAGUAGUGCGGGGAAACCUUCUGAAGGAGAUUCUAAUAAAAUGUAUAAAAAUGAUGACAUUGCUCUGCUGGAUAUAAAUGUUUAUAACACUCGACCUGUGCCAGAGAAAUUUAAAAUUCCACCAAGGGGAGAAUACCUGGAUAUCCAUGUAAUAAAUGUAUUUGAUCCAACUAACUUUGCGUGCAUACCUUUUCAACACAUGACCGAGUUGGAUGAGCUUGUAAAGAAUAUGAUGGAAUAUUUCAACUCAGUUGACAAAAUGCAGUCAUUAAAGGGUCCAGACUUGAUGGUCAGUCAGAUGUAUGCAGGAUGUAAAGAAGGGGCCUGGUAUCGGAUAGUCAUCAAAAAUGUCAUCUCCAUAGACCUUGCAUCUGUGUGUCUGGCAGACUUUGGAGAAUUUACUGUGAUGAGUGUAGACGAGAUUAAACUUCUACCAUACUGCUUUACAAAGCUCCCGGCACUCGCAUUCAAAGGAAAACUCUAUGGAAUAAAGCCAGCCAAAGACAGCCAGGUGUGGAGUGAAGCAGCAAAGUACAAGUUCCUCCAGAUGGCGCACAACCACAGCCUGGUGGGCCUGGUGUGUGGGGAGGAAGAGGAGGCCGGACAGCAACUGGUGUCCAUGCGACUGGUGGAUACAUCUGUCAGCAAUCGGGAUACCUGUCUGGAUGAAGUUCUACUGGAGAUGGGAGUGGCAGAAAAGCUACGACCAUCAUCGUGAUUAAGAGAAUUAAGACUCGAUACGUUGUGCGAAUUAUUUAUCAACAUUCAACUCCGACUUCACAGCUUUAUUUUUUACAAACAAGUCCCAUUCUGUGUGACAGUUCCAUUCAUUGUGUAGUGUAUUGUUGCUUAUUCCAUAGCAAUCAUGUAUAACGUGCUAGUACCUUACAAUGAAGGUAUCAUUUUGUGUACAAGUGCCUGUACUUAUAGGUACUGAUAGUGAGACGACUAUUGCUGGAUUCCAGACUCACUGUGUGUAGAACUUACACUCUGAAAUUUUAUAUUUCAUUUUUACACAAAAACUUCUUUUAAAGCUGUGCAAAACAGAUGAGAUGAUCUGCAUUGACUCGAGAAUAAUUACCAGUGAUUGUUUUACAGUACUAAAGAUGCUCAAUAUUCUGACUUCAGUUAGGAACCCCCUCUCCCCCAAUUCCAAUAUAACAUCACUGUAUACUGUAUUUAAAUUCAGAGGAAAUUUGUUUCAUAUUACACUCUUAUCUAAUUGUAAUCACAUGCAAAAUAUGUACACUCAUAUGAUUUUUGACCAGAUUGCAAAGCAAUUCGUGUGUUUGAAUGACUAAUGUCUGUCAGUAAACCUGCCCCUCCCCCCCCUUCCCCCAUUAACAAUUCACAUUUAGAUCAGUUUCAAGUAGUGUAACCAGAGCUUCGGUCUAAGUUCAUUAUCGACUUAUUGAGUGCACCCGUUAAUGAACUUAAUCUUUACAUACAGGGUUUAUGUUUAACACAAUUAACAAUGCGUUCCAAUGGUUUGCUAAAGUAGUAUGUAUAGACAAAGCCCAUUAAAUAGGCCAAAUUCACUCCUCCUCCAUCUCUUGUCCUUUAAUGGUUUUACAUUUUGCUUUGUUUCUGUUUAAGGAGGAAUGAUACAUUGUCACAAUUUUAAUGGCCAACUUUCUUUUAAAACGUUAAUGAAAAUAUAAUAUCAACAGUACAUGUAUGUUCCUUUUAAAACUAAUUGUCUGGCUGAGUACUUCAGUAGGUGAACACAUUGAUCUGAAGAUCACAGGCUCCAAUCCAAAAGGUGUUUUUUUCCCUUCAAAUUACUUUCUACUAAAACUGGAUUUUUUGACUAAAUAAAGUAAAUCUGAAAGUUUCCAAUUUCAAAAUGUUGUACAUAUCCUCCUCUUUUCAUCCUUAUCAGAUUUCUGUGGGGGUGUUAUUCCUCUCUAAGCUUACUCAGCAGACAGUUCCCAAUUCCUUUCUCUUCACAUCCUACUGCAAUAAGCUUUAUAAGCCUGUAAUAUUACAAAUUUGAAUAAAAUCGAUAUCAUUUGGUUUCUUUUAACAUUU